UGAAGACUCUGUCCCUUGAGAUUGUCCUGGUGCUGCAGCUGAUGGGAGAAUUCACAGGAGAUCAUCAGGUUUUCUGCCUGAAAAAUAUUCCACUCAGCAUGGUCCCAAACUCAUUCGAUGACCAAUACAAUGGCUGUAUGUCUGCAGUGGAGACAGGGCUGAAGGACCCAACCCACACUGACUUUGCCUCCAAAGCAGAUUACAUCGCGAUCUGGGAAAAGGCAACCUCCAGAUGGGAUGAGAAGAAGUCCUCUCUCUUAACGCUGCCCAGCAACUUUACACCAGAGCACGGCAUUGCUGUGAUGGCUUAUACGUUCAAUGGCAGCUUGUGCAGGGAUUUCAGUGAAGCUGUAAGAGAAGGUGGGGAAUCUAGCAAGUAUUACCACAACUAUUUCAAUUUCAAGAGCUUCCACUUUCUCUUGACAAAAGCACUGCAGUUCUUAAGAACCUCCCAGACCGCUUGCUACAUUGUGUAUCGUGGGAUAAGAGGCAUAAAUUUCACUGUCUCUGACCUCCAGCAGCCUGUCCGUUUUGGCCAAUUUGCUUCAUCAUCACUGAGGAAGUCAGUUGCACAAGGGUUUGGUAACGACACCUUCUUCACCAUUAAGACCUGUCUUGGAGUCAACAUCAUGGGCUUCUCCUUCCACCCAGAACAGAAGGAAAUUCUGAUCCCACCCUAUGAGACAUUCAAGGUUAUAAGUUCGAGAAAGGAGAAAAAUACAACUUACAUCGAACUCCAGUCUUAUGGAAACUACAGCAACUUCAACUGUGGCUAUAAGAGUGCAGCUGCAGGUCUGAACCAUUUGUCUCUUAGCCUAGCGACGCCUUUCCUUCUGUGAGGAUUCCUUCUCACUACUGGCAUCUUUGGACCACCAGGCAUCCUCUGACUUCAGUAUCAAAACUGUGUUCUCUAAAUCCUUUACAGAACUUGCUAAUAGGGAAGAAAACAGCGGAGAUGAUGAGGGAAAAUAGAGAAAAAAUGCAUUAUUUGCUUUUGCCACAGCUCCCACAACCAACUGCAAAUUAGCCAUUUCCCAACCUAAAUUGUGCAGCUGGGAGGUGCAUAAUUAUUUCUUACUUUUUAGUAGUAGUAGUAGUAGUAGCAGCAGUA